UUUAAAAUUUUUCAUGAUGGAAUUUCAAAGACUUCCAGUUCUGCCUAAAUUUGUUGAACCCCCUACAUUUGACCCUAGGUACGAUUGUCCAGUGUCUUUUAUUUCUAACUACGAUAAAAUUACUGAUAGAAAUGGUUGGGAUUGUGCAUAUAAAAUUCGAUAUUUGCAGUGUUAUCUAAAACACGUUUCUGUUUUUUGGUUUGAAAAAUACGCGAAAAAUAAAAAUAAUUUACAUAAAACUUGGCCGGAUCUGAAAAGAGAUUUUAUUUUAAAUUUUGGCGGUGAUAUAGCAAUAAGAAAACUAAAAUCCAAAUUGCGCUCACGUAAGCAGGAUGCAAACGAAGAUAUUAAACACUAUUACUUUGGCUUACUUUCAAUGUUUGAAGAAAUAUAUGAUGAAAUUAAUUUUGAUCAGUUCAGAGACUAUUUUGAGAAUGGUUUGCAUCCAUCUUAUGACAAAUAUUAUUAUAUGUUGUCAAGCCGUGAUAUGGAUUUUACCGCGUUAAAAAGUAUUAUUUUCAAGUUGAGUGAUCUAAAAGACAGAAGUUCAGAUUGUAACACGUUGGCACGUUCGUCCUAUUUCUACGAAGAUAAAACAAGUAUAAAUAAUUCAGCUAGUGAAAAUAAGUAUGAAUAUAGUAAUUAUGUCCAACAUUCGGAUUAUUUAAAUUCAAAUAACAGAAAUAAAAGACAGGUAGAGCAUGACUAUUCGUACAAUGGUCAUAGGGUUGAAUAUAUUGAUAAUGUAAGAGGCAAAUCAGGACAUGAGAAUAAAAACUAUAGGUAUAACAAUACAGACGAAUAUAAUUUUAAUACGAAUUAUGAGAGAAGACAACAAAAGUUGAUUGAAGAUAACCGGACAAAGAGUUUCGAACAAAACCCACCCUUAGUUGAGGACUACCAGAGCAGGAUUUUUGGACAAAACCCACCCCUGUUUGAGAGACAAACAGCUGAUAUGGAUGGUAUAUUUAUUGUGUCAAAGGAGCAUGAGAUAGAGGAGAAUAGUGUGAAUAUUUGUGAAGAGGACGAUUUGGAUUCCCUCAAUUUAGAAAGUGCACGGAUAGAGGAAGAUUGUGAUGCCCUCCCCGUGGCAAUGGGAUACGCACAGGCAGAGGAAGUGAAUGAUACCCUCCCUGUAGCAAUAGAGUUCGCACAGGUAGAGGAAGAUGAUGCCCUCCCUGUUGCAAGUGAAGUUAUGCCGGCUGAGGAUGAGUGGAAUACCCUCCCUGGCAAUGUCGAGGAAGACGAAAAAGAUAAAUGGGAUCCUUCCUGUUUUGAAUAUGAAAAGUGCUCCCUAAAUAUACCGAUAAUUUGUCCGUCCGACACAGAAGAGAAAGAUAUAACUCCGACACAUAAAGUCACAUAUUUAAGAAGUAAAAGGACACGCCUAUUGGGCCACCCUUUAAGGAACCGACAGUUUGACUAUUUUGACCGGAAAACAAACGUUCCAAGAGAAAAAACUCGUGAUGAAUUUAGACCCCAGCAAGCUAUUUCUUGCACAAGUAGGAGAAUGAAUAUGAUGUCCAAAAGCCCCAACGCCAAGAUGGCGAAGGAUAUCAUUAUCCACCCUAGCCACCCUCCCUGGACUCGAUGCUUAUGAGUCAUAUUUAAAGUCGAAGUUUGAAUCUUGAAGCCAAGUACGAUGGACCACGAUAAAGGAUACUGAUUAAUUAAUGUAGCAUUUAAGAAUAUUUUUACUUUUAUAUUAUAUUAUUAAAAAAAAAAAAAAAAAAACAAGAGACUGAUAGAAACUAAUCUAUUUUUGAGUAUUUUUAGGUGACAUAUUAUUUGUUUUCUAACAAUGAGCAAAAAUAAGGAUAAAAAAAAAGGAAGGAAAGAAAUACUUUCAAGGUAAGCUGAGGUAAAGUAUACUCAAACCUACUACAUUUACAGCUCCUGGGGAAAGAUUGUGUAGCUAUGUUGGUCUUAAAGAACUGCUCGGAUGAUAUUUUGUUAGUUGAUUUGUUGUUAUUUUUAUUCCUAGUAUCAACGUCACGUGACUAUUUUGGCCUAGGAUGCCCAUUAUUUUUU